AAAAAAGGAAAAAGAGAAAGACGCACGCAGCGCAUGCGCAAGCAGAAGAAAACCGUGCUAGCAGACCGAGUUCUUUCUUGUAUUUUUCGGAGGGAUUAUUUCGCUUUAGCAGACUUUAUUGACAUUCAAAAUCUAGUGUGUAUUUAAUGGAUGAAGUACUAGAAUAAUUCGCAAAAUCUGAACUAGUUUUCGAUCCAGGAUGUUUCCCCCUGGUUUUGCGCUAUUAGGGACGCAGCCGUAUUGUGUUGUCUCGUGCUGACGUGCACCUCUGCCCCUUGCUAGAGACUUGUGCUGCAGACAGCACUAUGUCAUGUGAUGAAUUCAAGCUGGUGACAUCGAGACGACGCGGCAAGAAGGUGAAAAGGGUCGCUGUAGCUUGUUCACAUAACAAGCAAGGAGAGACGGACAUCAGCGUCAACGUCAAAGAAGAAAUACUGAAAAUUAACCAUGCGAGAACUGUGGUCAAUGAAUCACCAUUCACUGAAGGAGUGAAAAAUGUUUUGCAAGAAGCUUUAGAUGUGUGUGGAACCAAAUCUGUAUCAGAAAUCAUUUGUUAUGGUUUGGGUCAUUUUACUGAAUGCACUAUUUCACGUUAUCAACUAGCAUUACUUCUUACUCUACAGGAACGGUUCAAAGCAACUGUCCAUGCACAUGAUCCUGUGUUUUAUGUAUGUGAACUUAAUAUUCUUAAGGAGUUAGGCUUUUUUAUAAUUGAGGAGAACGAAGAAGGCAAGCGCCUGUUGAACACUCCAGAUACAACCUUAUUAUACUUACCACACUGUCCCAAGCAACUUGUGAAUAAUUUUCUUUGGAAAAAUUGGGGUCCCACUCUGAGUAAAUGCAUCAUUUUUGGAAAUAGCAUUUCGUCAGCAGUCGACCGAUCAGUUUUAAGUGAUUGUGAUUUAACAGCUUUUCUUGUGAAAAUUCAGCCAUACAUCAAUGAAUUUCCUAUUGUGAACAAUUUUAAAUUUUUGGAUGUGUUCAAUGACACCUCUGUUCAUGUUUUCCCAGAGGACAAGCUUUGUGAGGUGCUGCCCUCCUUCUGGUCAGAGAACUGCCUGGAGCCUGUGUACCCCGAUAGUGACCUAGAACUUAUUAUAAAGAAGCAAUGAAUUCCCCUACCGCUGGUAAA